UUUUAAAAAGCACAAGUGACCCCCUAUGUCAUGUUCCUACAAAUAUUUUCUCUCACAGAGAGCUCAGAGCUGUCCAUUCCUUCUUGACGAAGAGAGUCCAGGGCCUGCCCCAGAGCUCAGAGAAGACGCCAGCCUUGAAAAGGGCCCAGGGAUUUGGGAGGAGUCAGCAGCUCCUGAAGCUCCUAACGAGAUGGACCGAGUGACCAGGUACCCCAUCUUCAACAUUCCCCACUCAUCCAGGGUCAGUGACCUGUCAACUGACCUGGAAAGCCAUUACACCUUUGAUGUUGUUAAAGUGGAGUCGAUGUCCCCGAGCUGGGACAAGGACAUCAGAGGAAUGGAUUCUGGUGGUCAAAGCUUCCGGUUUGACCCAGAGGAGACCUCGGCCCUGAGGGUGGUGACUGUCACUCAGGAAAUUGUCCCCAUGUCCCACCUGGUCAAGAAGACGCAGCAUGUCGUGACUGACAACUAUAGCGCCAAGCGACCGACUCCUUCCUGGGAGCGAAAGACCCAAAGAGAGGUGGUGAAGGUGGGUCCUAACUACAGCCUCCGAGCUUGGCCGGGGGAGCGGCAGCCCGGCAGGUUGUUCUCUCAGGAGGAAGAGGAGGGGGAACAGCAGCUGUACCUCCUGGGUCCUGGGGAAAACGCCUUUCCAAAGGGGAUGGAGGACUUCGAGCGGGAGCGAGAGGCGGUCAUCCGGGGCCAGGUAGUGAAGAGGAGCACGACGGUGGCCACUCGCUGGAGCUCCCAAGAGGAGCUGGAUGGGUUCCAUCCUGGCCAGGGCCCGUCCUCCAUCUCAGCCUCUGACUCGGACAGUGUCAUUGACACCGACCAGAUUAACUUCCUGGCUGCCCGGCAGCAGUUCCUGAAUUUGGAGAAGCUGACCGCAAGUUCCCAGCCAGCUCAGAAGCCAACUGCGAGCUCCCAGCCAGCUCAGAAGCCAAGGGAAAAGACCAUGCAGCCUACAGUCAUCCAGACUGAUGCUGGCCAAAGCAUCAGCUCCUCUGGGUCCGGGAGGGCUGGCCUGACCAACGGCCAUACUGUCUCCAUCAGGGACGAUGCUGAGGAAGUCAGGUCUGGCCUGCACACUUUGGCCCCCAGCUCCCGAAGCAUCUCUGUGGACCACUUAUCCGUGUCAUCUGUGGAUGACGCCCUGACCCUGGUCUCUGCGGAGGGCCCAGAACUGGUUCCCUGUGAUGAGGGUCCCAAGGAGACACCCAUUGAGAGAGAGAUCCGGAGGGCUCAGGAGCGGGAGGCCGAUCUUCGGCAGCAGAGGGGCCUGCAGCAAUCGGGCAGCCAGGCCGAACUCGUGGAGAUCCCGAUCCGGCCUCUGUUGUCCACGGUGAACCUGACCUUCACUUCCACUGCCAAGAAAGGAAAGGAUAAGGGGCGGCCACUAUCCUUAUACAUUCAGAGAGAGAUAGCCCUGGACACAAAGCGUGAGGAAGACCAUCGCCAGCAAGCUGGGCUCUCCGAGCUUAUCAGUGAUGGCAGGACAGCCUCCACACCAAACCAGCGGGCCAAAGACUCAGAGUUCCCCAAGAUAAGGAGAGUCCAGAGCUCUGAUUCCAUCCUGAGCCUGACUUCUGACACCCAUCCAAAAGAAGCCAACCUGGAAGGAAAGAAGAUUAGUCGCAUUCCCUUGAAGGCCUACCAGCCUUACCUGAAUCCACAUAGCACAAAGAAGGAAUUCCCAUCGAAGGAAUUCCCAUCCUACUCUUCUUACAAACCGGGUUCCUCACUGGGCUCUGGGCACCUCACCAUGAGCUCCAGGUGGGAGCAAGGUGUGACUACACCUCCACCCUCCUCACGAAAGGUAUCCUGGAGAGAGGAACAGGUCAAGGAGCAGCCCUGGCAGUCACAAACCCCUACCUGGAGAGAGGAGCAGGUCAGGGAGCAGUCCUGGAAAUCACAAACCCCUACCUGGAGAGAGGAGCAGGUCAGGGAGCAGUCCUGGAAGUCACAAACCCCUACCUGGAGAGAGGAACAGUUCAGGGAGCAGUCCUGGAAGUCACAAACCCCUUCCUGGAGAGAGGAACAGGUCAGGGAGCAGCCCUGGCAGUCACAAACCCCUACCUGGAGAGAGGAACAAAUCAGAGAGAAGCCCUGGAAGUCACAAACCUCUACCUGGAGAGAGGAACAGGUCAGGGAGCAGCCCUGGAAGUCACAAACCUCCACCACUCAAAGGCAGGAGCCAUGGAGGUCACCACCUCAAAAGAUCACUCAAAAGGCAUGGGAUGCUCAGGAACGGGUUGCAGGGGAUGCUAGCCGGGGCGUGGUGCUUCGGGAUUACUUCCAUCUACGACCGAUGAAGCUCAAGUUUACCUUCAUCCCUGGGCCAGAGAAGGUGAGUGCUCCCAAGCAGGAACGUGUCUGGCAGCCCAAAAUCUCUGUUAAAGAAGAGGCGACCAUCCACACCAAACCUCUAAGGUCCCAGUCCUCUAGCCUGCUGGAGAUGGAGAUCCAGAAUGUCCUGCAGCGGGAGAGGGAGCUGGAAGAAGAACGCCGGAAUGCCUUGUUCCCAGAAGUGUUCUCUCCUACUGAAGAGAUGGAGCAGACAUUUGAAUGGGAAGAUUCACACUCCAGACACUCCUCAGUGGCUUCAGGUAUAACGGGGAGCUACUCCCUCUCGGAAUCACCUACCUUCUCCCCUGUCUGCUUCCACUCAAACUUGGUGUGGAAGGUGACAGACCAGUCACCGGGACAAGAUAAGUCCUGGAAGAAAAGGGAUGUAGGGUAUGCCGGCCUUGACACAUCUGACACUGUGGACUUAGAGAUUAUGGAAGCCACAAGGGUGACUCGACAUAAAAAUUACUUGGCUGCUCGCUGGGAAGCCGGAAUGUAUGCCUGUGAAGAUGAAGACUGAGCCCCCCAUUUAGGCCAGACACAUGUCAAGCAUCAGCCAGUGUAGAGCUUGGGGGGAGCUUGGGUCCAUCUCUUCCCCACCUGACUAUCCUUUCUCAACCUAAAACCAGAUCCUCUCAUAAGCAAGUCGGUAAUAGAGAAAGGAGUAGGCAAGUAAAGAUCUUCCUCCUUGGAGAUUGUUUUUAUAUAAUCAAAGAAACUAAAAUCAGGUGCUAAUAUUAUUUUGCAUGACUGCACAUGUAUAAUCUAGAUCAAAUUGACUGCCUUCUCAUGGAAGGGAGAGAGGAGGAAGGGGAGAGAGAAUUUGAAAGUUAUAAUUUAAAAAAUGAUUAUUAUAUAACUACACACGUAUAAUCUAUACCAAAGUGUUUGCCUUCUCAAGGAGAUAGUGAGGAAGGGGAGAGAGGAAAGAGAGAA